AUGUAUUAUCUUUACUACAAAACGAAAGAGAGUGACGAAGCUGUCGAUACCGAGUCUCAAAAUGCUGUAGAGACACUCGAGAAAGUUGUGAAGGCCAUUCACGAGCUGCAAAAGAGGAACCCCCGUGAGGCAAACUCGUUCUUCAAGCUGGCCGGAUACCACGGGGAGCCCUUCCAAGGCCAGGGCAAGACCAAUCCCAACUGGUGGGGUGGCUACUGUCAUCACGGCAAUGUCCUGUUCCCAACUUGGCAUCGAAUGUAUCUGCUGCGCUAUGAGGACGCUAUGCGCACGGUGCCCGGCUGUGAGGAUGUUGCCCUUCCAUUCUGGGAUGAGUGUGAGCUGGACCAGAACAAAAAGCCGAUGCCGAUUCCCGAGGUUCUCACCAGGGAGAAGUUCAGACUUGGAGGUCAAGAUAUCCCCAACCCUCUCUUCUCAUACAAGCUUCAAGAGGAGCUUAAGCAUGAAGUAGAGGGUGCUGCCCAUCGGUACAGUAAACCGCUUGACUACCAGACUGUCCGAUACCCGCGCUCUGGCUUGGUCGGCAACGCCUGGGAUAGAUUGGCGACGCGAAGCCAAAAUUCAGACUAUGCACACCAUGACUGGUGUACUAUCCUACUGAACCGCAAUGUCUCGAGUUGGCUCCAGGGAAAUAUUAAGAUAACUCCUGAUGGGAUCAAAGAAACUAAAAUUACUGACACCACCUCCGUGCUCGGAAGGUAUAACUACUGCCUCGAUGCUCCUAACUAUACCAUUUUCUCCAACAUCACAUCACAAAAGAAGUCUUCGCUCAACCAAACCUCCCCGCAUCUCACCUCACUUGAAAGCCCGCAUAAUGCGAUGCAUCUUGCCGUUGGGGGCUUUUAUCAGCCAGGCGUAUACAACGCUAAUGAAAUACCUGGCGCAAAUGGGGAUAUGGGCGAUAACGAGACCGCCAGCUUCGAUCCAAUCUUUUUCUUCCAUCACUGCUUCGUGGAUUACGUCUUCUGGUUAUGGCAACGAAGGCACGGCUCCACUACCAAUCUAGAGAUAGACCCCAAUGAUCCUGGGGCAGUACUUAACGAAGGAGUGGGAGAAAUGCCUCCAAAGACCAAGUUGAGCAUGGAUACUGAUCUCCAGCCAUUCAAAAAGCCUGACCAAGGAUAUUGGAAAUCUAAGGACCUUGUAAAUAUUGAGAAAAUUGAGGGAGAUCACGGAUACAACUACGGGCCUGGCUCUCUCGAUCAUCUAGCUUCUCCCCGUCAGCCUGUUACAAGCCCGAUUAGGGGUCCGGAGGAGGGCGAUGAUAGGGUGAAGAAGGUGAAGAAGAUUACCGUUAACCGUGCGGUACACCGUGGUUCCUUUGUGAUCCGUAUGUUCGCGAAACCUCCUGGCAAAAUGGAGUUGAUUGAGAUCGGACGGGAGCCCAUAUUGAGUCGUUGGGACGUUGAGGAAUGCGACAAUUGCCGCGACAAGCUUGAUGUGGACUUGACAUGGUUCACGAUGCCGCCGCCGAAGGUCUGCAGGAUGUUUACCCCAGUGCUGUGA